ACGAUCUUCCAUAGCUGUUGUGGCCGUGUGCUUGAAUGCGAUGUCACUGUGUGUCCCUAGUUCAGGGACUUCACUUCUUUGAAUCACCCCCAGGUGUAAGUUGGCGGCACAGAAGGCUGAAGGAAAAAUCCUGCUUAUGAACUUGAGUUAUUGCAAUAAUUAAUGGUCGCAUCAUGUUUUAGUUUCCACUUCAGACAGCGCACCGUGAUUACCGCAGAAGUAAUGAACAGUUCUGUAAAUUGAACGGUGUGGAACUGGCACAGUGGUAAGAGUGCUGGACCACUAUGCUUUCAGUAAUUAACCCUACCAAGUUGUAAAAUAAUUAUUGCUGGAAUGGUCUAGCAGAUGCACGUCAACAACAUGACUUGGUCAGCUACGCCAAUAAUUAAGAACUACAACGUGCCACUCAUGUGUUUGUUACAUUAAAUUAAACUCCUGUAACAUGCUGCAUGCUUCCACAGUCCUUUGAGAUGAAAUUGAAAUAUCCUGUCUAUCUGGUGUUGAAAUUUAGGUCCCAGCAUCACUGUUUCGCUGAUCUAACAUUUCACGAGCGAGACGGUGCUUACAAACUUGCUAUCAGUGUAGCAUUAGGUCUAGGAGCAUUGUGCCUCAAGAGUUCUGCCCAUUAAAUCUCUGUUUUCUUGUCUCUAUUAAUCACUUUGCUUAGAUUCUAAUAAAGCUAAAUUUAAAUCAGACCGAAGUUAAACUAGUCAUAGCAUAUCCUUGUUAGUUUAACUCUUCUUAGUGAUUAGAUAUUUUUCAAGUGAUAAUUGUAUCAAUUUGUCAGUGGCAUAAGCAGUGCCUAUAAUACAUCAUGUUGCAUUUUAAAGUAUACUUUUUCACAUGUGUAAGCUUUUGAUUGUCAACUCCUAAUUGUGGUUUGUUGCUUACGUCGUAAAAUAUUUCCAGGCAGAUGACUUUGCUCCACAUCUGUACAUUGCAAAUGGUUGCUGCAAUGUGGCUGUCAGUUUUAAUAGAAUGCUUAUUUUAUACUUCUAAAAAGUGUAAAAUAAUAACUUGCAGCUUGCAACAUUUGUUUAAACCUCUUAGAAAGAACACAUUUUUCAAUGUCUGUGCAGACACGGUCGAACUUUGGCUGCGUACAUAUUUGGCCAUCCGUAUUGUCACUCAUUUAGAUUGUUUAUUUUGUGAACACAGUCACUUGGUAAUUUAGAACAAUAUACUUCAUAAAAUAGCUGUUCCAGAAUGUCAGAAAAAGGGACGUACCGAUCUUUUUUAUUGUGCUUUUUCUUAGAAAAUGAUCUAAGUACCUUUAAUCAGCUUCUUUUGUUUUCUUAUAGGUGCAGCUUUCUAAAGUAGUGCUUCUCAAAAUGCAUCACAAAAUGCCCAUUAAAUGACUGUUUUUUUUAUGUGGAGUGCUGUAUUGUGGAGUUGGAAAGUGCAUUGUAUUGCACAUGAUGACAAAUACUAAAAAUCAUAUUCUUUCAUAGUUCUUUGAAUAUUGCUUAAAUAUGCAACUCAGGCAUGAGUAGCAGAGACAAGUUGGUGUGUUGUGUAACGGGACGUUGCAUGCUUGAGGUCUUUUCACACGUGAAUGUCUUGUGUCUUUAUGAAGUUGGCAGAUGAGCCCGCCUACCUAACAGUGGGCACCGAUGUGAGUGCCAAGUACCGUGGUGCCUUCUGCGAAGCCAAGAUCAAGCUGGUGAAACGGCUCCUGAAGCUGAAGGUCACAUUCAAGCAUGACCAUUCGACGCAGUUGGUGCAAGAUGAUCAGGUGAAGGGUUCAAUUCGGGUUGGUGCUCUUGUGGAGGUCAAGGUGAAUGAGGGAACUACUUUCCAGGAGGCUGUGAUAAACAAAAUAACAGAUGCCAGCUGGUACACAGUCGUGUUUGACGAUGGCGAUGAGAAGACCCUGCGGAGGUCGUCACUCUGCCUCAAGGGCGAGAGACACUUUGCCGAGAGCGAGACCCUGGACCACCUGCCUCUGUCAAACCCAGAACACUUUGGCACUCCGGUCAUGGGAAAGAAGUCGAAUCGUGGCCGACGCUCCAGCCCUGUUGUUCCCAAUGAAGAGGAAGAGGAGUCAUCUUCGUCAGAAGAAGAAGACGAAGACCAGAAAAGGAUUAAUGAUGACCUCUUGGGCAAGGUGAUGGCGGUGGAUUCGGUUGGAGGAGAGCGCAAGUGUCGUGGCUUCUGUCCAGUACUGGUUGUGUCGCCAGCUUGCAGUGAUGAGCUGACGGUGAAAAAGGACUUCUGUCUCGUGCGCUCUUUCAAGGAUGGGAAGUUUCACGUGGUUCUGAGGAGCGACCUGAAAGAGCUCAACUUGGACUCGGCGCCCAAAUUGGAACCGUCACUAAAGUCGGCGCUUGAAAGCGCGCUGGAGUUCAGGGAGGCGCUGAUGGUGCCUCCAUGCUGGCGGUCGGAGCUGAGUGAGGACAGCUCCACCGAGGAGGACCCGGACGAUAACGACGGCGCCGCUGACGAAGAAGAAGACGAUGAUGGCGGAGGUCGUGGCAGCAAUGGGAGCCGUGCCCAAGGCGACAAAACCGAGCCUGAAGAGGAGCCAAACCCUGAGGAAAAGGAGAACUUUCUGCAGCAGCUCUACAAAUUCAUGGAUGACCGAGGAACACCAAUAAACAAAACCCCAUUUCUGGGUUACCGGGUCCUGAAUCUCUUCAAGCUUUAUCGGCUGGUUCAGGAGCGGGAUGGCUACAUUUGUAUUGAUAGUGGUACAGUAUGGAAACUCAUUUACAAAGAGCUUGGACUCCCGAUUCUGAACUCUGCAGCGUCCUACAACGUGAAGACUGCAUAUGGAAGAUACCUGUAUGGAUUUGAGGAAUACUGCAAGUCUGCUGGAAUCAGAUUCAACUUAUCGCUGACCUCCGAGCCUAAGGCAGAAGAACCGAAACAACAGCAACAGAAGCCACAACAGCCGAAGCAGCAGCAAAAGCAGAAGCAGCAACAGAAGCAGCAGCAACAACAAAAACAGGAGGCGCAAGCAGAGGAAAGACUGGACACCAGCAAAGAACUGCUGCAAAAAGAUUCAACCCCCAUAGUGAAGAAGUCAGACAAGCAGCCCGUCGAGGAGAAAGAAAGGCCACCGUCACCUGUCAAGUCUGUCAAGGCGGUCAAGUCGGUCAAGUCGGUCAAGUCGGUGGAGCCUGGGGAAAACAGCACCGCGGCCAAAAGCACAAAAGAAGAUGCAUCAUCCAGCUCUGAGAGUGAAAAAGAAGAUGAGGUGGCCAAGCCUCAGAGAGGUCGUCGGAGGGUCAUGCGAGACAUCCCUCCGCGUAAAAGCAUCACGCCCCGGGAGUCGAAGAAAGAGGGCAAACCGGAGAAGGAUGAGGGUGUCCGGGAAGACAACAGCCAAGAGCAAGACAAGGACAGCUGUCCAACCCCUCCUACGGCUGCCGUCUCCACUGUGCCCACCGCCGCACCGGCCGCUGCUCCGAUUGAGAACGCGGAGGGUGCCAAGGGGGAGAGCGACAAACCGGUGAGGCUGGUGGAACCUUGCGCAGCCACGGGUGACCCGGCCGGAGAUGAGUCCCAGGUGAAGGAGGAGGAGUGCAAUUCAAGCAUCGCCGAUAGCCAGAGUGAUUGCUGGAAAUACCAGGAGGAGUCGGCGGACCUUGGUGCGGGGUCAAGCGAUGUGACUUCUCCCAAGCAGGAGCUCAAGGACAAAGCAGAUGGGGACAUUUCUGACAGCACGAUGAGCGAGGGAGAGGAGGGCGUGGAGGAGCUGCUCGGAUACCCACUGGGCACCAAGGUGCGUGUCAAAUACGGCAGAGGCAAGAGCCUCAAGAUCUAUGAGGCGAUCAUCAAGGACGUGGACACGGAGGGCGAGGAGGACAGUGACGUCAUCUACCUGGUGCACUACUACGGCUGGAACGUCAGGUAUGACGAAUGGGUGAAGGAGGAUCGAAUCAUAAGACCGGUGGACAAAAACAUACCUAAAAUCAAGCACAGGAGAAAAACUAAGAACAAAGCAGACCGGGACAAGGCGGAGGCCUUGAGGAAAGAGGAGAAAAGACAGGAGCCUGGUGUGGGCCGUGGGAGGCGUGGGCCGGUUUCCGGGAAGUCCCCACCCGGUUGCAUCACCCCACCUCUACGCGGAGGCCACCGUGGUGGGCACACCGGACCGGGGCGUGGCGGCCACCGCACCACGCGCAGCGGUGUGUCUCCGCUCACCAAUGGGCACGAGGGCAUGCAACGCAGACACACACGUAGAAGUUCUGGUGUUGGGGACUUUGACAAGAAGUCUGAUGCUUCCAACAACUUCUCAAGUGAUAGCGAAAUGGACGAUGAGAGUUCUUCAAACAGCUCUGAGCGGCAGGAGGUGGACGACGGUUUUGCAACAAGUCCCGAUGCCACGAUAGAAAAGGAGUCGGAGGAGGGUGCCGAGGAGAGCGAUGUGCUGGUGUUGCUUGUUACGUCGCCGUCACAGGAGGGGCACGUGGCGGACAAGGAUGAGACGGAGCCAGCGAAGUCGGCAGUGCCACAAGAUGCAGAGGAAUUGGGAGCUGUGGCACAACAGAGCAGCCCGAGGCAGCAGCAACAGAAUGAGAAACUGCAGAAACAGCAGCAGCAGCAGGACCAGCAGCAGAAACAGCUGAAGCAGAAACAGCAACAACUGCAACAGAAGCAGCUUGAGCAGCAGCAGGAGGAGCAGCAGAAACAAGAGCAGGAACGCAAACAGGAGCUGCAGAAGCAGGAGAUGCAGAAACAACUGGAGCAGGAGCAGAAACAACAGCAACUGAAGCAGGAGCAGGAGCAGAAGCAGGAGCAGGAGAAGAAACAGCAGCAACUGAAGCAGGAGCAGGAGCAGAAACAGGAGCAGGAGAAGAAACAGCAGCAACUGAAGCAGGAGCAGGAGCAGAAACAGCAGCAACUAUUGAAGCAAGAGCAGAAGCAACAGGAACAGAAACAGCAACUAUUGAAACAAGAGCAGAAGCAGCAGGAACAAAAGCAGCAGGAACAGAAGCAGCAACUAUUGAAGCAAGAGCAGAAGCAGCAGGAACAGAAGCAGCAGGAACAGAAGCAGCAGGAACAGAAGCAGCAACUAUUGAAGCAAGAGCAGAAGCAGCAAGAGCAGAAGCAGCAGGAACAGAAGCAGCAGGAACAGAAGCGACAGGAACAGAAGCAGCAGGAACUGAAGCAGCAGGAACUGAAGCAGCAGGAACUGAAGCAGCAGGAACUGAAGCAGGUACAGAAGCAGCAGCAGCAAAUAAAGCAUGAGCAGAAGCAGCAGGAGCAGAAACAGCAGCAGCAACUGAAGCAGGAACAGAAACAGCAACAGCAGCAACUAAAGCAGGAGCAGAAACAGCAGCAGCAACAACUGAAGCAGGAGCAGAAACAGCAGCAACAACUGAAGCAGGAGCAGAAACAGCAGCAGCAGCAACUGAAACAGGAGCAGAAACAUCAGCAGCAGCAACUAAAGCAGGAGCAGAAACAGCAGCAGCAACAAUUGAAACAGGAGCAGAAACAGCAGCAGCAGCUAAAGCAAGAGCAGGAUCACAAACAGCAGCCGAAGGCACAUCAACUACCGCUACAGCAACAACAAAAGCAAGAAAGUAUCACGGGUGAACUUCAGCUCUCUCCAGCUAAAGAACCUGAGAAAGCAGCUGUCACUGGGCCAAAGUCAAGGGUCAGGAAGGAGCGCACUAGGCCAGAUUCAGUCAUGGAGGUGCUGGAGCCAGCACUGCCAGUCCUCGUAGUGUCGAGCGAGGAGGCGUCUGACUCGGGGGAAGAACGGAGGGUAAGCACGGAGACCGAUGGGGAGGGCUGCCUGUUGGCUGUUCCCAGUGGGGAGACGUCUGCCUGUGAGGAGCAAUCCUCGUUUCAGUUGACGCUGAAGAAGCCGGAGGAGCCAGAGGAAGUUUCGGAGCCCGGUGUUCAAAAGCCACAGAAAAUGGUGACAAAACGGCGCAGCCCUCGCAGGUCGAGCACGUCCAGCAGUCAAGACAAGAAAGUGAAACUGGAAAAGGAGCAUGAGGAGCCCACUGAACCCAUGCAGGUGCAGGAAACGAAGGAUGUUACAAGUCCAGAGCUUACCUCAAAGGGUAUUGAGGCAGUUUCAGCACCCUGUGCGAGAAGGGAAUUGGUCUCUGAAAGGCUUGUUGACAAAUCAUCUCUAACUACAGUAGAGCUACCUGACACCGCCAUAAGGCCGGCACGGACAAAGGAAGAGGAGGAAAGGGAGCAGGAUAAUCUUGUCUCGCAAACGUUGAUGGAGAUAUCCAUGUCGGAAGCACCUCGGCAGGAAGUAACAAUGGACCGGUCUGACGCACGGAGCGGUUUAGAGAGGCCUUCUAGUAGCCCCCUGGCAACACCGCUGCAGAGUUCCGCCUCGGCGUUUAGAGAGUCCAUGCCUGCUGUUUCGGCCUCCCCACCGGUUUCCUCAUCCCCCAGCACUCCGUUUAUCACUCCACUCAGCACCCAGUUUAGUACCCCCUUCAGCACGCCUCUUACCUCUCCACCAACCACAUCUCUUGGCACUGCCCGCAGCAUGCACCCUGGCACACUCACCAGCACACCGCGUGGUACCACGCACACUGCUCCACGCGGCACUCUAUUCGGCCCACGUUCUGGGACUCCACUCGGCUCGCUACUUGGCAGCCCGCGUGGUCCUCCCCGCGCUUCCCCACGAAGCCUUGCUCGUAGUGUCGCUGUGAGUCCGUCCCUGAACCCUCGUCCACCAGGCCCUCUGACUCCUUGCCUACCCUCAUCUGUGGCCCCAAUUUUCACUCCUCCCAUGGUCCCGUCGCUCGUUUCUUCAAUUCACUCUCCUAUGACUGCCCCAUUGGGUCCCAGAAUGGGUCCUCGCUUUGCCUCGCCAACGUCCUCGCCUCCGUCUACUUCCUUCUCGUCGGCCACAGCACCUUCUCCCGCUUUGGCUCCUCCGUCGACACCUUUGGCCCCUCUGCCACCACCGCCGCUGCCACCUGCGGCUAUUCCUGCCACCCCCGCGAGGGCAUCGUCGGAUGAGAGCCGGAGCUCGCCGAGCGGGAGUGGGACGGUGGCACAUGUGGGCAGCCUUGCAGCACCACAGGGCACGCCCUCUGAAGACAAUGCCUCACCCACCUCCUUCGAUGAAAGCGUCAGCAAUGGAGGCGGUGGCGGAGGCGGGUCCAGUUCUGCGGAUCAGAAGGACCGAGGCUUGAAGAGAUUACAUGCCACAACCAGCGGAGGAACCACCAAAAAGCACAAGAGGAACCAUAAACGGGCCAGUGCUAGCCACAAGAAGGACAAGCAUGAAGCAGGUCACAGCAGUGACAGUGAGGACCUCCCAGCACUGAGCACUGGCAAGGUCUCAUCACAGGCCGGCCACCAUGGCACGCGGUCUCCCCGUGGCACCAAGUCUCCUGCGCACAGCUGCCCGCCCACCAGGGCCCACGGAGAGAGUCGCGUGGCCUGUAGCCCCCCACGGGCCGGCAGGUGGACCCUACUGCCCGCUGGUGGAGACUUGUCGAGCCUUGCACCUCCGGAGCGGAUCGUGGUGCUGCAGGACAAGCUGCAGGAGAUCCGCCGCUGCUACAUGUCCCUUAAAUCCGAAGUGGCCACCAUCGACCGCCGCCGCAAGAAAAACAAGAGGAAGGAGCGUGAGGCCACGGCAACGACGGCGACAUCCUCUGGUUCAGGCUCCGAGUCGACUCUGGGCUCUGUGUCUCCAGCCCAGAACACGGUCCCGGUGGAGUGCAGGUGACCAGCCCUGCUCACCCGGCAUCCUGGCAGCUGUCACGCAUCCACAAGCAUUCAGUCCUGUGAUCCUGAAAUCCUGUUAACGAGGGAAGAGAAGGUGACGAGAUUGGAGGGAGGUGGAGACUGAGGGGUGAGAGUGUCGGGGAAACACAACCACCGCUUCCUCUGCCAACAGCGAGAGUGGAUGCAGACCUCGAAACCAGCACAUGCUCACACGAGCCAAACACUGCACAACGUGCCCCUUCUGGUAUAAGACUCGUUCAGAAAUUUUAGGGAUUUCAUUUUUUCACUUUUUUGGUUGAUUUUUACUGCUGUUACUAUUGAAAGUAGUUCUAAAUCUCCGGCUGAUCUUGUUGCACAAUGGUGCUCUUUUUGAGGCUACAUUUCUUAUUCUGUGAAAGUUCUGCAAAUUGUGCAUUUUCAUACAUUGGUGAUGCUCGCAUUUAAAUUGAUACAUUUGGCAGUAAUAGAGCGAGCCCAUUUUGCUUUAUUACCAUUUCCUUUGCACGAACUUUGUCAGAGAAGUGUGUUCAUAUAUCUAGAUGAAGCUGUUGGUUUCUGGUUUGGAAGGAGUUUUCUGAGCCUGCUGCAUCACUCGUGCGCUGUGUUUACUUUAACCUCUCGCAGUUUCACGUGAACCUUAGGAUUUCAGCAUUUCUAACAAGAAACUUAUUGUAAAUGUCUAGGAUGAAAGCUAAACUUUGUUGUGGAAUUUUGGCAGCUUGUUCAUAAGGGUGUCUUCACCAGGGUGCAAAUGCACCGGGUACCUUAUCAUGGGCCAGUUUUGUAAGGAGCUUCUAGUAUUGCACUUAAUCGAACUCUAUUCCGUUUUUUGUUGAUAUAUUUAGUAGAUAGGGUGAGCUUCCUUUACAAUGAAUGUUAGGUGAGAGAUGUAUUGACCAGCAGCCACUGUUGUUCUGUGGCACAAGAGAAACAGUUCACUGCUAAGUGCUAAUACAUCCCACUGGGGACAUUUUCAUAUUGCAAUAUGGUGUUUUAAAGCUUUUUAAAGCAGAAAGAAUCUGUCUGAAAAGGUUGGAAUGUACUGCAUCGACGCUUCACGCUCGUCUUUUGCAUUAUGGCUAGCAAAAUGCACUAGCUUAGCAGUUAGUACAGUACACUGUUUCUCUUUAAUUACAUUUUAUAUGAAAACAAAAGUUUUGUUUUUUAUUUUUACAAAAAAAUAAAAUUAAAAUAAAAUUGAAAAUUGUUUGACAAAGACGUUAUUUAAGAGGUUUAUAAGAGUUUCUAAACCUGAGACGUUUCUUAUGUAGAGACGUGUGUUGCUGGAUGAUUUGAGUAUAUUUAUUCAGAUAAGAUGGGCGAAUAAGAGUUUUGUAUUUUUUAUCUAUUUUAAAAUUAUUGCAAAGUGAUGAAAAUGUUUUUUUUCUGUUCCCAGAGCAGUCCUCUUUCGUCCCAUAGGUUUUUUUUCUCCUGAACAGGCGUCUCGUCGUAAGCCGCUAAUCUGUUUAAUCCAAGCUGCCCCGUUCCCCUUAGUCCUCCAGGCCACUGCCUCUUUCUUCCUGUUCCCGAGUUGCUUAUACUUUGCUUAACUUAUUUCAGAUUCAAUUCACUGCCAAAUGACCUGCUUAUAAUUUGGUUCACAGGCUGCCCUAACCUGAGUUUUCGGACUUAAGGAUCAAUUUAACAAAAACAUUUUCUUGGCUCAUAUUUGACAUUUGUGUGCUUGUUUAAUAAAGAUUUUGUUUAAUAAAGAUAUGUCAAAAUAGUGCUGCCCAGUAGUUAAUCGCUGUAGUUGUACCCAGUUUGUGUUGUGUGAAUUUGUAUUUGUUUUAUCUCUGUAUAUUGAGCUGGCUUUUUGGCAUUGUCAAUGAAUGAACAUCAAACCCAUCUUGUACAUUUUUAUUUUUCGAUCUUCAGUAUUUUUUCAUUGUUGUACAUAGCCCAACCGUAAACUACCUGGCAGUGAAAGCUUGCAAUACAAAAUCCAUGCCCACUUUAUCUCCAGUAUCUAAGUCACGCAAUUGUUUUCUUCAACGAGCUGAGCUAAACAUUUUCAGUGAUAAUGUUCAUAUUAAUGUCUUGGUAUUGCCUGCUUUUCACUUCCAGAAUUUCAAUGCUUGCUGAAUCCAUGUGGACUACCAAGUGUUGAAUUACGUUCGGUCAUUUACCUUUGCCUUUUUUCUGUGCAGUGUUGUACAUUAAGAAUGAUAUCACAACAAAUAUAAAGCUAUCAAAUGUUCUUUGUUGUGUGUUCAGUCUUCGUAUCAAGUUGCAGCAGAAAAUUUCUGACCUCAAGUCAAUGGUCAGUGGUCACCUUUCCAGUCAGUUUUACAGAAACUGAUGUAAGCAUAAGUCAUCCAGCAGAGCUUAGCAAGGGUACAUGAACAUGAAUAUGUAUUUUUUGUAAUAAACAACUUACAGUAAAAUUA